AGUCCUGGUCACCUUGCCCGGACUGUACUGAACACCCGCUCAGCUACAACAGGCCUAAGUGGGCAGCAUAUGAAAGAUGCCCAACAUAAUUGUGCUCAUCCGACAUGCCCAGGCUCUACACAACGUCGCCAAGAACUAUACCAUUCCGGAUCCCCCGCUAUCUACCCUUGGGCUGGCUCAGUGUCGGGAGCUUCGAUCGAGUCUUCUAGAGACUUUUGGCGACGUGCAAGAUGCCGCAAUCAUCGUCAGCCCCAUGAUACGCACAAUCCAGACCGCAUUGCUCUCGUUAGACUGGCUGGUUGACAAAGGCGUGCAGAUCCGGGCCGACGCCACAUGGCAAGAGAACUCCAUCAAGCCAUGUGACACAGGUAGCACAAUUAAUACCCUCGCGGAACGCUUCCCGACUGUUGACUUUUCGACCAUCGAUCCCAUCUAUCCCGAUAAAACUUCCCACGGUGCAGCCUCGUAUGCGUACACACGGCGUGCCAUCCUAGCUCGGGCCGAGACUGGGCUGAGAAGUCUUCAGGCAAGGCCAGAAAAGGUUGUGUUUGUUGUCUCGCAUUCCGGUUUCCUUCGCGCUGGUCUGACAGGCUUCUCGUUCUUCAAUGGCGAUUUCAGAGUCUUCGAACUCGUCGCAGCAGCUGAACCAAGGCAGCUGCCGCAACUGAUGCAAUGGACCGCGACGAUCCGCGGUGGUCUUGGCAAAUCAUGCGUCGACAUAGUAGAACUUGGUUACCAUCUUCCGGAUGAUGAGGUUCAGACUGCCACAUCGAACUGAAUGAUGUGGCAGCACACGGCAGAACCAGACGGCCAUUAUCGCGCCAGAAAACUUUGAAAUGCAGAUUGAUCAAUGACCACGUUUCCCACGGCGCGAAGACGCUUUCGACCUGCCUUCUGCUUCUCCAAAAGUUUCCGUCGGCGGGUGAUGUCACUUGCAUGGAGUUUGGCAAGCACGUCUUUUCGGAAUGGCUUGAUUGUCUCGCGGGCCACGAUUCGCCUCCCGGCAGCUGCUUGGAUCACGAUUUCUAGGGACAAAGGAUACGUUAGCGAGAUGGCACAUAUGAACAAGAACUGAGUCACACUAUCAUACCAAA